UCUGCGUCACGUCCGGCGGCGCACCCGGAAGUGGCGUAGGCCGGUUGCCAUGGGGCGGCCCGGGAGGAGCAGAGCCGGGAUGGCUCAGGGCACGUGGGAUGUUCCUGGUCCCUCCGAGGUCACCGGCUGAGGCUCCUGAGCUCCUGUGCUGCCCCGCUCCCACAAUGGGCAGGCUCAGCAUCUCCUGCCUGCUGCCGGCCUCGUGGCACUUCAGCCUGUCGCCCGUGGGGUGUCCCCGGGUGCUGAACGCGUCCCUGCGGCAGCUGCUGCUGCUCGGGGCGGCCGCGGCCGCGGCGGCGCUGCUGCUCUGCUCCCUGCUGCUGGUCCGCGGCAAGCACCGCGCCCGGGAGGGGAAACUCCACAGGUACCUGGCCAGGGUGACGGACACGGAGGCCACGGACACCGGGAACCCCAACCUGAGCUACGGCAUCGUGGUGGACUGCGGCAGCAGCGGCUCCAGGGUGUUCGUGUACUGCUGGCCCCGGCACAACGGCAACCCCAAGGACCUGCUGGACAUCCAGCAGAUGAGGGACAGCUCCAGGAAACCCGUGGUGAUGAAGAUCAAACCAGGAAUUUCUGAGUUUGCCAGCUCUCCUGACAAGGUCAGUGAUUACAUCUCACCCCUGCUGAGCUUCGCCGCCGAGCACGUGCCGCGCUCCAAGCACAAGGAGACCCCUCUCUACAUCCUGUGCACUGCAGGCAUGAGGAUCCUGCCCGAGAGCCAGCAGAAGGCCAUCCUGGAGGAUCUGCUCACGGACAUCCCCGUGCACUUCGAUUUCCUCUUCUCUGACUCGCACGCUGAGGUGAUUUCUGGGAAGCAGGAAGGAGUCUAUGCAUGGAUUGGGAUCAACUUUGUCCUUGGAAGAUUUGAGCACACGGACGAUGAGGAUGAAGCCGUGGUGGAGGUGCAGGUCCCUGGCAGCGAGCACCACGAUCCCAUUUUCCGCAAGAGGACCGUGGGCAUCCUGGACAUGGGCGGGGUCUCCACGCAGAUCGCCUACGAAGUGCCCCAAAGUGUAAGCCUUGCCUCCCCUCGCCAGGAGGAGGUGGCCAAGAGCCUGCUGGCAGAGGUGAACCUGGGCUGCGAUGCCCACCAGACGGAGCACGUGUACCGCGUGUACGUGGCCACCUUCCUGGGCUUCGGCGGCAACGCGGCGCGGGCGAGGUACGAGGAGAGCCUGCUGGCCAGCAGCCUCCUCAGGAACAGGCAGGCCGGGCUCAGCCCGCAGGCCCCUCUCCCUGACCCGUGCCUGCCGCGGGACGCGCAGGACGAGCUGCGGCACCGGGGGCUGACGCUGCACCUGCGCGGCACCGGCGACUUCCAGCUGUGCCGGGAGCGGCUGCAGCCGCUGCUGAACCGCACCAACGGCACCCGCGGCUCCCUGAACGGCGUCUUCCAGCCGCCCGUGCACCUGCAGAGCAGCGAGUUCUACGGCUUCUCCGAGUUCUACUACUGCACCGAGGACGUGCUGCGCAUGGGCGGCGACUACAGCGCCGCCAGGUUCGCCAGGGCCGCGCAGGUGAGAGACAGGGGAUCCUUUUCUGCUUUAGAACAUCUGCAACGGUGUUCCACCCGGUGGUCGGUGCUGCGGGAACGCUUCGAGCGCGGCCUCUACGCCCCCCACGCGGACCUGCACCGCCUCAAGUUCCAGUGCUUUAAGUCCGCCUGGAUGUUCGAGGUUUUCCACCGGGGCUUCUCCUUCCCGGAGAGCUACGGGAGCCUGAAGACGGCGCUGCAGGUCUACGACAAGGAGGUGCAGUGGACCCUGGGGGCCAUCCUCUACCGGACCCGCUUCCUGCCCCUCAGGGACAUCCAGCAGGAGAAUUUCCGUGGGAUUCACUCCCACUGGAGGAGCUUCUCCUUUGUGUACAACCACUACCUGUUCCUGGCCUGCUUCCUGGUGGUGCUGCUCUCCAUCCUGCUCUACCUGCUCCGCCUGCGCCGCAUCCACCGCCGGCUGCUGCCCAGCGGCCCCUCCCCUCCCCUCUGGCUGCAGGAGGGGCUCCCCCCGCAGAAAAUCCCGGGCUAGGCUCCAGGGUGGAGGAUCCAUCCACACACACACACAGAAAAAAGCCAUUUUUGCCUCAGGGUUCCUCCUUUUUUUGCCCCUUUUGGAGAAGCGGAGUUGGGGUGGUGAGGGAAAAAUGCCAAAAAAAAAAAAAAAGACUUUGCUGGGAAUGUUGCACUUGGGGUGUGCAGGAGAGGAUGGGAUGAGUUCCCACCUUUGGGAGAGGCUGAAAUCCCACAAGGAGCUUGGAUUUUCCUUGCUGGAUUCCAGCAUUGCCAUCCCUGCUCUCACUUUGGAGUCUCAAAGAAUGGGAAGUUCCAAAAGCAGGGAUAAAAAACAACAAAAAAAAAAA